UCUUUUCCUCUUACUGACACUGCUAUUGGAGCUUUUUAUGAACUAAAACAGUUAAUAGAAAAUGCUGUUCUCAUUGCCGUUGAUGAAAAUAUUCCAUUUGAAUUGGAAACUGAUGCUUCAGAUAUUGCUAUAGCAGCGACACUAAAUCAAUCUGGUCGUCCCGUGGCAUUUUUUUCACGUACAUUACACGGCUCUGAACUUAAACACCCUUCGGUCGAAAAAGAAGCUAUGGCCAUAGUUGAAGCAGUACGACAUUGGCGUCACUUUUUAACAGGAAGACGUUUCAUCAUGAAAACAGAUCAGAAAAGUGUCUCUUACAUGUUUGAUUUGCGCCACAAAGGUAAAAUCAAAAAUGAAAAAAGAUGGAGAAUUGAGCUAUCCGGUUACUCUUUCGAUAUCGCAUACAAACCAGGCAAAGACAAUGUUGCACCAGACACUCUAUCGAGGAUUUCAUGCGCUCUUCCUUCUACUAAUAUCCUCACUAAAUUACAUGAUGCUUUAUGCCAUCCAGGUAUAUCUAGAUUCGCUCAUUUUGUUAAGGUCCGUAAUUUACCUUAUUCGACUGAAGACGUUAAGCGAACUGUCUUGAAUUGCCGUGUAUGCAGAGAGAUAAAACCUAAAUACUAUCGGCCUGAAGCAGGAACUCUUGUAAAAGCGACUCAGCCCUUUGAACGUUUAAGUAUUGACUUCAAGGGACCUCUUCCGUCGAACAAUCGCAACAAAUAUUUUCUCUGCGUAAUUGACGAGUUUUCACGAUUUCCCUUCGCUAUUCCAACACCUGAUGUUUCGGCCGCCAGUGUCAUAAAAAGUCUAACUCCAUUGUUCGCUGUAUUUGGAAUGCCUGCUUACAUACAUACUGAUCGUGGUUCGGCUUUCAUGAGUUGUGAAUUUAAAAGAUUUUUGCAAGAAAAGGGUGUGUCUCACGGUAGAACAACUCCUUACAAUCCUUCGGCGAAUGGUCAAGUAGAACGGUGCAAUGGUACAAUUUGGAAAGGAAUAAAACUUGCUUUAAUGUCAAAAAGUUUGCCAAUUGAAUUUUGGCAAGAUGUUCUAUUAGAUGUUUUGCAUUCCAUCAGAUCACUGUUGUGCACUGCAACAGAUGCAACACCACAUGAACGGUUGUUCAAUUUUGCAAGAAGAUCUACCACAGGAUAUGCCGUUCCAACGUGGCGGACAAAUUCUAAAAUUGUUCUUCUCAAGAGACAGAUUAGAAGAAACAAAUCUGAUCCGUACGUCGAUGAAGUGAAACUUCUGGAUGCAAACAGACAUUACGCUCAUAUUCGGUAUUCAGAUGGUAAAACCUCAACAGUAUCAACAAAACAUCUUGCACCGUGUGGUGAUGGUACACCGUUUAGAAGUGAGAAUAAUGGAAGUUUCCCCGAUAAUCAACCUUCUCAAUUACCUGUAAAGCAGGCUGAUACAGCAGAUUCGGACUAUUUACCAAAAAUAUCGCAUCCCGUUAUCAACCAAUCAGAAAUUCAAGAAGGGGAAGAAAAGUCAAAUAUUCCUGGUGAUGAUGAAAAACACGAAACAUCCCCAAUGAAGAUGAUAGACACCCCGGCUCCUAGGCGUUCUACUAGAGAAAAGCGUCCAAUUGAUCGUUUACAUUACUAUGAGUGA